CUUUAUUCUCAUCAAUGUAUUCAAAAUACAUUAAAUUAUUUAAACUAGUAGUCAUAUUAAUACUAUUUAUUGUGAUCAAUGGUGUCAUUACAUACAACCCCACAAUCAAUGAUGAAAUGGAUGACAGAAUUAAAGAGUCCGCCCAAAGACUGAUUGAUGAACUGGACACAAAUGAACUCACAUUAGAUUAUUUGGAGGAUCAAGUGAAAAGUGUUUGCGCGGAUAAACACCAAAAAUAUCAGUGCCUUAUACUGGAUAUGACUCUACAAAAAGUUGUCCAGAUACUUAAUCAACGAAUUGUUUUCUAA